CAAGCAGCCAGUGGACGUGGAUGCUCUGUUUGGUUGGCCGCAUUUCUCCACUAGCACCAUGGGAGAGCUUCAUUAGUCCUCAGCCACAUCGUACCUCUCGUGUGUCCUGCUUCUUACCAUUGGAGCCGAUGAAUUUCAAAGCGUCGUUUGAGAGGACACAAGCAGCACGCCCAAGCGUCGGAGCAACGAUGCCGAGCGGCUAAAGUCUCCUCAUUUAACAACAACAAUAACAACAACAAAAAGAGGCAAACUAUGCCAGCAGCACCAGAGUCACUUCCCCUGGUGACUUGCCAGCUGAUUCUGACCCCAACUAGCGUCGCCGUCCACACUGGCAGAUCCAUGCCACUGGAUGCCCCUAACAGAGGCACACCCGCACCAUGAGCGCCAACGGGCCUACCCCGGACCCAGCCCCAACAGCCCCAGAAGCCCCUCCGACCUCCACGCCUGCCCCGGACCUGUCUCCGGCACCCGCUCCGACCCCAGUCCCCGCCCCCGCGGCGCCGGCCGCUCCGCCCGCCCCGCCCGCCCCGUCCACCUCGACCAUCCCGGUGGGUGCGUUGGCACAGAAGAAGCGGCAGCAGUAUGCCAAAAGCAAGAAACAGGGCAGCAAUGCCAACAGCAGGCCACCGAGGGCCCUGUUCUGCCUCAACCUCAACAAUCCCAUACGCAGGGCCUGCAUCAGCCUGGUGGAGUGGAAGCCAUUUGAUAUCUUUAUACUAAUUGCUAUAUUUGCCAACUGUAUGGCCUUAGCUGUCUAUGUCCCGUUUCCCGAGGAUGAUUCCAACUCCACAAACCACGACCUGGAGACAGUCGAGUAUGCCUUCCUCAUCAUUUUCACAAUUGAGACAUUUCUGAAGAUAAUCGCUUACGGUUUGGUGAUGCAUCAAAACGCCUACGUGCGAAACGGUUGGAACAUGCUGGAUUUCGUCAUUGUCGUCAUUGGUCUCUUCAGUGUCGUCUUGGAGAUUCUGACCAAAGAUGAGAAGGCGGAUGGCGAAGGAGAGGAACCCCUCCCAUCCAUGCACGGGCACAGUGGCAAAUCUGGUGGAUUUGACGUGAAAGCCCUUCGCGCCUUCCGUGUGCUGCGUCCCCUGCGGCUGGUCUCAGGAGUACCCAGUUUACAAGUGGUGUUGAACUCCAUCAUUAAAGCCAUGGUCCCUCUUCUUCAUAUUGCCCUCCUGGUUUUGUUCGUUAUCAUCAUCUAUGCGAUUAUUGGCCUGGAGCUUUUCAUCGGUAAAAUGCACGCAACCUGCUACCUUCCUGGCACAGACAUGAUAGCAGAGGAGGAUGCUGCUCCAUGUGCGAUCUCAGGUCACGGGCGGCAAUGCCCCAUUAAUGGCACCGAAUGCAGAGAAGGCUGGCAAGGCCCCAAUGGCGGCAUCACCAACUUUGACAACUUCCUAUUUGCCAUGUUGACGGUGUUUCAGUGCAUCACCAUGGAGGGCUGGACGGAUGUGCUCUAUUGGAUGAACGAUGCUAUGGGCCUUGAGCUUCCAUGGGUGUACUUUGUCAGUCUCGUGAUCUUCGGCUCCUUUUUCGUUCUUAACCUGGUUUUGGGUGUGUUGAGCGGAGAGUUCUCCAAAGAGAGAGAAAAGGCCAAAGCUCGCGGAGACUUCCAGAAGCUGCGUGAGAAACAGCAGCUGGAAGAAGACCUUAAAGGUUACCUGGACUGGAUCACUCAAGCUGAAGAUAUCGACCCUGACAAUGAGGACGAGGCAGACGAGGAGUGUAAACGCAACCGGGUGACUCUGGCUGACCUCACUGAGAAGAAGAAAGGAAGGUUUGGGUGGUUCAGCCAGUCGUCCGACACUCAUGCAAGCGUUCCGGCCAGCGAAACCGAAUCUGUGAACACAGAGAACCAAAAUGGGGAGGAUGAAAAGACGCCAUGUUGCGGACCUCUUUGUCGGCGCUGGCGCCGCUGGAACAGGUUCUGCCGCAGAAAGUGCCGGUUGGCUGUCAAAUCGGUGCCUUUCUAUUGGCUGGUCAUCAUCCUGGUUUUCCUCAACACCCUCACCAUAUCAUCAGAGCACUACAACCAACCUUUGUGGCUGACACAAGUGCAGGAUGUGGCCAACAAGGUGCUGCUAGCCUUGUUCACUUGUGAGAUGUUGGUGAAGAUGUACAGUCUCGGCCUGCAGGCCUAUUUUGUUUCCCUCUUCAACCGCUUCGACUGCUUUGUGGUGUGCGGCGGGAUCACCGAGACCAUCCUGGUGGAACUGGAGAUCAUGUCGCCUCUCGGGAUCUCCGUGUUCCGCUGCGUGCGCCUGCUGAGGAUUUUCAAGGUCACACGCCACUGGCAGUCACUCAGCAACUUAGUGGCUUCGCUCCUCAACUCCAUGAAGUCCAUCGCUUCCCUGCUGCUGCUGCUCUUCCUCUUCAUCAUCAUCUUCUCCCUGCUGGGCAUGCAGGUGUUUGGCGGGAAGUUCAACUUUGACGAGACCCAAACCAAGAGGAGCACCUUUGACAAUUUUCCACAAGCGCUACUUACCGUCUUUCAGAUCUUGACUGGAGAAGACUGGAACGCUGUCAUGUAUGAUGGCAUCAUGGCGUAUGGAGGCCCUUCCUCUUCUGGGAUGAUUUUAUGCUUUUACUUCAUCAUCCUCUUCAUUUGCGGAAACUACAUCCUCCUGAAUGUCUUCUUGGCCAUUGCUGUGGACAACUUGGCAGAUGCGGAGUCUCUCAACACAGAUGAAGCUGAUAAGAAAGGGGACAAAAAGGGUGAGAAAGAUGACAAGGAUGAAGAGGAGGACAAUGACGACACGGCGGCGGAGGACGAAGAUCCAGAAGUCCCGGCGGGACCUCGGCCGGCCAUCUCCGACCUGGUCAAGAAAGAGAAGAUUACUCCGAUCCCAGAGGGAAGUGCCUUUUUUAUCUUCAGCAACACGAACCCGUUUCGUGUGUUUUGCCACAAGCUCAUCAAUCACCACAUCUUUACAAACCUCAUCCUGGUGUUCAUCAUGCUCAGCUCCGUCUCGCUCGCCGCAGAGGAUCCCAUCCGAAACUUCUCCGCUCGUAAUAUUAUACUUGGUUACUUUGACUAUGCUUUCACGGCUAUCUUUACUGUUGAGAUCGUUUUGAAGGUCCUAGGCUAUGCAGAUUAUGUCUUCACUAGUAUGUUUACAUUUGAGAUCAUAUUAAAGAUGACGACAUACGGAGCUUUUCUCCAUAAAGGAGCUUUCUGCAGGAAUUACUUCAACCUCCUCGACUUGUUAGUCGUGGGGGUGUCUUUAGUCUCCUUUGGCAUACAGUCAUCCGCCAUCUCAGUGGUGAAGAUUCUCAGGGUCCUUCGUGUCCUGAGACCCUUGAGAGCCAUCAAUCGAGCCAAAGGCCUGAAACACGUAGUGCAGUGUGUGUUUGUGGCCAUCAGAACCAUCGGCAACAUCAUGAUUGUCACCACUCUUCUCCAGUUUAUGUUUGCUUGCAUAGGAGUGCAGCUCUUUAAGGGAAAAUUCUAUCGCUGCACAGAUGAAGCCAAGUCUAGUCCAGAGGAGUGCAAAGGCACGUACAUCCUUUAUAAGGACGGCGACGUGAACCAGCCCACCAUCCACAAACGAGUGUGGCACAACAGCGACUUCAAUUUUGACAACGUGCUUAUGGCCAUGAUGGCUCUCUUCACUGUGUCGACUUUUGAAGGCUGGCCAGCGUUACUCUACAAGGCAAUCGACUCCAACAGGGAGAACCUGGGGCCCAUUUACAACUACCGCGUGGAGAUUUCCAUCUUCUUCAUCAUCUACAUCAUCAUCAUCGCCUUCUUCAUGAUGAACAUCUUUGUAGGUUUUGUGAUCGUCACGUUUCAGGAGCAAGGAGAGAAGGAGUACAAAAACUGUGAGCUUGACAAGAACCAGCGUCAAUGCGUGGAGUACGCCCUGAAGGCCCGUCCUUUGAGGAGGUACAUCCCCAAGAACCCAUACCAAUACAAGUUCUGGUAUGUGGUCAACUCCACAGGCUUUGAGUACAUCAUGUUUGUGCUCAUCAUGCUAAACACACUCUGCUUGGCCGUACAGCACUACGGCCAGUCGGCGCUCUUUAACUAUGUCAUGGACAUCCUCAACAUGGUCUUCACUGCUGUUUUCACUGUGGAAAUGGUUCUCAAGCUCAUUGCUUUUAAACCCAGGCACUAUUUCGCUGAUGCUUGGAACACAUUUGAUGCCUUAAUUGUCGUCGGUAGCGUCGUCGAUAUUGCGAUCACUGAAGUGAACCCAACAGAGACUCCUCAGGUGGAUGAACUGGGGAACACGGAAGACAGCGCCCGCAUCUCCAUCACCUUCUUCCGUCUCUUCCGAGUCAUGCGGCUCGUCAAGCUGCUCAGCAGAGGGGAGGGCAUCCGCACUCUUCUUUGGACCUUUAUUAAAUCCUUCCAGGCUCUGCCAUACGUUGCUCUUCUGAUAGCUAUGCUGUUCUUCAUCUAUGCUGUCAUCGGGAUGCAGGUGUUUGGGAAAAUCGCCAUGGUGGAUGGCACGCACAUCAACAGAAACAAUAACUUCCAGACCUUCCCUCAAGCUGUGCUCCUCCUCUUCAGAUGUGCCACUGGAGAGGCGUGGCAAGAGAUCAUGUUGGCCUGCAUGCCGGGGAAACUUUGUGACCCCGAGUCGGACUACAACCCCGGGGAGGAGAUGACAUGUGGCAGUGGAUUUGCAAUCAUUUACUUCAUCACCUUCUACAUGCUCUGCGCCUUUUUGAUUAUCAAUUUGUUUGUGGCCGUCAUCAUGGACAACUUUGACUAUUUGACACGGGAUUGGUCCAUUCUUGGUCCACAUCACCUGGAUGAAUUCAAGAGAAUUUGGUCCGAGUACGACCCGGAGGCUAAGGGAAGAAUCAAACAUCUAGACGUGGUAACACUUCUUCGUCGAAUCCAGCCUCCUCUUGGCUUUGGUAAACUGUGUCCUCAUCGAGUGGCUUGCAAGAGACUGGUGGCCAUGAAUAUGCCUCUCAACAGUGAUGGCACAGUCAUGUUUAAUGCUACUCUUUUUGCACUGGUGCGAACAGCCUUGAAGAUAAAAACCGAAGGUAAUCUGGAGCAGGCCAAUGAGGAGCUUCGAGCCGUCAUCAAAAAAAUUUGGAAGCGAACCAGCAUGAAGUUGCUGGAUCAAGUGGUGCCGCCUGCUGGUGAUGAUGAGGUAACGGUGGGGAAGUUCUAUGCCACCUUCCUGAUACAGGACUACUUUAGGAAAUUCAAGAAACGUAAAGAGGAAGGCCUGGUGGGUGCACACCCGUCCCAGAACAGCACAGCUAUCGCACUGCAGGCCGGCCUCCGCACUCUCCAUGAUAUUGGGCCCGAAAUUCGCCGAGCGAUAUCAUGUGACCUGCAAGAUGAUGAACUAAUAGACUUUAUACCAGAGGAAGACGAGGAAAUAUAUAGGCGUAACGGAGGACUAUUUGGCAACCACCUGAUGAACGGAGGUCACCGGCGAUCCGAAGGCCACCAGACCAACGCCACGCAGCGGCCGCUGCAGGUGCAACCGCCGCCUCACUACGCUCACAUGGAGCAACCGGUGGGCCGGCUGUCUCGAGCCAACGCCAUGUCCCACCCCAACCACCGUCACCACCACCAUCACCACCAUCACCGCCACCGUCAUCACAACAACUCCUACGGCAAGUCGCCCAAAUCCACCAACAUCAACCUCAACAAUGCCAACAAGUCCGGUUUACCCAACGGGGGGCACCAUCGCUACUAUGAACACGCCCCUCCCAAUGGCUACCCGGGUCAUCGCGGCUCCUACUAUGACUAUGAAAAGGGCCGGACGCCACAAUCUCAAAGGUCCAAUGGUGGGGAUAGACGCCACCCCACCAUAUGCAGAGAAGAGGAGGUGGAUGAAGAUCGUUUGUCUGGCGAGUAUUUCAGCGGAGAAGAAUUUUAUGAAGAUGACAGCAUGCUCUCGGGGGACAGGUACCACAACAGCGAUACAGAGUACGAGACUCCCAAAGGCUACCAUCAUCCAGACAGUUACUAUGACGAUGAUGAGCAGCCCCUCUACCACGACUCGAGGAGAUCACCAAAAAGGCGUUUGCUCCCUGCCACACCUGAAGCUUUGCAUGGUCACAGGAGGCCGUCUUUCAACUUUGAGUGUCUGCGCCGGCAGGGUAGCCACGAUGAGCUUCCACAUCAACGUACCGCUCUACCACUGCACCUUAUGCAGCACCAGGUGAUGGCCGUAGCAGGCCUGGACUCCAGCAGAGCCCACCGCCUCUCCCCAACACGCUCCACCCGCUCCUGGGCCACGCCCCCUGCCACCCCGGCCAGUAAAGACCAGUCACCGUACUACACCCCCCUCAUCCGUGUCGACCACCCGCACAGGGAUAGCACCGCCAGCAGCCACGUAUCGGUGCGCAAAAGCUCCUGGUACUCGGAUGACCCCGAGUUCACGCAGAGGACGUACUCGCCCAUUCACCUGCAGGUGCCGCCCGAGUACCACAGCCAGUACCACCAGAAGCGAGGAAGCGCCACCAGCCUCGUUGAAGCCGUUCUGAUAUCAGAAGGCCUCGGAAGGUACGCCAUGGAUCCCAAGUUUGUCGCCGCCACCAAGCACGAGAUAGCGGACGCCUGCGAGAUGACGAUAGAUGAGAUGGAGAGCGCGGCCAGCCACCUGCUGAACGGGGGCAUGGCGCCGGUGAUCAACGGGGUCAACGUCUUUCCUCUUCUGACCGCGGGGGACUUUGAGAUGCCGGACCCGGCGGCCAGCUACAGCGAUGACGAACCCGAAGCGGAACCCAGGCCCUCCUAUGAGGAGGACCUGGCUGACGAGAUGAUUUGCAUCACAACUUUAUAGCGGUAAAGGACCCUUGCCCGACUACCAACAGUGAAAAGUGCCUUUACACUGAACAGAAAGGCAAAGAGAAGAGAGAGACCCACACACAUAAGUCGCGAAAGAAAACCUCUCUCGCUGCCAGCAAAGGACGUCACAGCACGAAGCCCUGCGGAGCACACGGGGGCCAUUCUGACCUUCCUGUCAAAGGGCUUGACCUGGGGGUCCGGGCAGAGACCAUCCAGGAUAAGUGGCGUGGACGUGCCAUGCUCUUUGAGGGCUGGCGUGUUAGGGUGAUGACAAUCAGAUGUAUGAUGUCAUUACCUGGGUCACUUUAUUCAAGGUUUGGCAUAUCAUGCAAGUUUUCAAUGCAAAGCAUAGAAAGGCAUAUCUUAUCUUCCGUCCCCCCCCCCCUCCCCUCCCCUAGGCCCCUGCUUUCGUCUGAUUUGAUCCCUUUGUCCCGUAGUAGUGUCGCGGCCGAGCCACACAACAAAAGUUGCGGAAACCAAAAUAUGCAGAAGCGUUACUUUUGAGACAUCUAUAAAGAAUUUGAGAUGCAGUUUAUUUCAAACAGUAGAAUAGCCUGGUUAAUAUUUCUUAGUUGAGAGUAAAUUGUAUUCUAUAAUAUGAGACACUUUGUAAAGAGAUCUUCUAUAUUUUGUAAUUAUGUAUGAUUUCACUGAGCAGCAAUAUGGACCAUGUGCUAUAAAAUCCGACAACCGUUUAUUAGCUACCAUUUGCUGCGUUUCAUUUGUCUUUUAUGUUCCGUGCGAUUACAUAGCCUUUAUUUUUGUCUGCAUUUGAAUUUUGCCUUUGGUCACAGUUUUAAGAGGUGGAGAUUUCGUGACCAACAUUAACUGCACAAGUCGAGCCAACACUUCGGAUGAUCUUAGCACAAGUGUGGUACUCACUAUAAAAAAAAAGCCCCUUCUUUAAAUGGGGCUCGCCCCGUGGCCCCCGUGCUGGCACGUCUUUAUUUAUAAUGAAAUCGAUGCUGCUUUUCUUCAAAAUCUUCUUUGGGUUGGUCCUGAUUGAAAUGCCUUUUUUUUUUUUUUUGCUGCUGCUGCUGCUGAAGGAAGACAAAAGAUGGAUGGUAGGGCAGAAAUAAUGGAGGUCUUAUUGAUUAGCAAUCAAAGCUGGUGCUGGGGGUUUGGUUAAUGAUUGAUGCGUCCUUGAAGACUUUCUGUGAAAUCUCAUGUUGAGCGUGUGAGGCCCGCAUCCAUUUUGGUGGCAGGAGGCGGCCAAGUGGAGAGGCUAAAGCAAUACAAGAAGACCCCGCCCCCCUCCCCUACUUGACCCCCACCCCUUUCUCUGUCUACCUGGCGUCUCGUAUACCUCUUUUGGCAAAGGUGACAACAUAUCAUCGUCUCAGUGUAUCUGUGUCGCGGUGUUCCGCAGAGGAGUCUUAAACAGGGUUUAACUAUGGAUGUGCUUGUAUCUAAUAAUGUGACAAAAGGCUGAAACUGGAUUGCCACGAGUUAACUUCAUUUACAGUCGACUUAAGAGCUGAAUUAAGAACAUUGGAGGUUCACGUGAUCCGUUGUACAUGUUUGGUCCGUCGGCGUGUGCGUGCUUGUACGCUACUUACAACAAUGUAGAUUUUCCAUUUUGUGUGCACAUUGAAAGGGCUCUUUGAAAUGUUUGUGCGUUUAAAGAAAAUAUUAUAAUAACAAAAAAUAAUGUGUUCUAGUCCUUUUGCAGAUGACAAAAGGAAUGCACAUAACUGGCACAUUGUACUAUUGGUAGCAAUUGAUGAACUGAAAAUAUGCAUUAUUUUUUAAACACUUUAAAAUAUUGAGUUAAUCUAAAGAUGAAAAGAACUUACUUUUACCUCAAGUCAGGGAUUCCUGAAAAAAAAGAGUAAAUAGUAACUUGGUUGAGUCUUAAAUAUUAGCACAUAGCUGUUUGUCUUUGCACAAGUACGUGUAUUGUGCUUCUGUUUCUCCUUUUUCUAAAACUGAUUUGUGUAUUAAGGUGAGACAAUUUUGUACUUUUUUGUGACUGUGUGUAUGGUUUAGUGGAAUCUAUAUUUGUCAUUCACACCUCAUCUUACAAUGCUGGGAAUGAAAGAAAAUCAAAAGAAUAUUUUCAAGGUGCGUCAUUGCUCUGUUGGAAAACAAGAAAAUGGAUAAAAUACCAGUUUACAGAGAAACGUGCUGUUUCUAUCACAUUUCUUCUCAUGGUUAGAUAUAUAAUUACUUUUAUUACCGUUCUUAAAGCUGUAUUCAAAAUGAAUAUGUAAAAUGUGUAUCAAUGAUCGGAAAGACCCAUGGUAAUGUUCUCUACUUGAAAGUCUUGAUCUUUGCUCUUAAAUGUUUCUUUUGAGUUAGCAUAAAUCUCCGAGUAGCAAAUGCUUUAAUAUAUAACAGAUUGGAUUUUGUAACUAUGCUUUUUUGUAUUUUUCAUUUCAUUUGGGCCUUGUCUUUAUUUCAAUCAAUUCUGUUUAUU